GUUAAGAGUUAUUAUGCCACCGCCGUGUAUUAGGUAUAAGGUAACUUAUAAUAUUAGUAUUUUUAGAAAUAUGGCUUCGGGACGGAGGUCUCAUUGGACUGAUGAUGACGAUGAGAAGUUCGUAGAUUUGCUAAUUGAUCAAAGAAUGCAAGGGGCUUCAAAAUUUGAAUGGGGCGACAUUAAAGUAAUGUUAAGGAAAGUUGUGAAGACAGAGAGAACAGAGAAACAAAUAAUAAACCACUAUAAUGAAUUGUCAAAAAAGCUCAAAGCAUGGGAGGCACUUAUAAACAUGACAAGUGGUGUGCCUAUUGUGGGGGAUGCUAGGUGGGAAGAGUUCAUUAAGAACAAUCCAGGAUGUAAAUCAUUUCGCAAGGGACCUCCUGCACUUAUAGAGAAGUUGCGAGUAUUAUUUGGUGGUAGGCAAGCAACUGGCAAAAUGAGCUUUUCUCCACGAUUAAUUCCUUCUGCUAGCAUUGCGAGUGAAAAAGAGAAUGUACCAAGUAUUGAUAUAGAUCACGAGAGCGAGUCUAUUGAAGAUCGUAAUGGAACUCUUGAUGAGGAUGUACAAUGCUAUAGAAAGGAGGACGUUGACUCUCCUCGUACAAGUUCACAAGCUACUUUUUUAAAAAGAAAUUUUGAAGAUAAGAGCUCAAUGCAUAACAAAAGGCAACAACUUUCUAAGAUGAAAAUCCAAGAGUUUGAGAUUGACAAUGCUCUCUCCAUUAUUCGCAUGAAGGAAGAGGCAAAAAAAGAACCAUCCAUUUAUAAACAAGUCGUCGAUAGGCUUAAGGCAAUACCUAUUAUUGUUAAUAAAGGAGUUGACUUUAUCUUUGAAGCACUAGAAAUGAUUAAGAAUGCAGAUGACAUGGCAUACUUUUUAGCAAUGGAUGACGAGCCUGCAGUUAAGUUUUUGAUGAAACGAUUGGGUGGAAUUUGAGUGUUUUUAGAUUGUAGGCCUAGUACUCUAUUUAUACACCUUACUUGGUUUAAAGUAUAUUUAUUUUAGUUAUAUUGUUUAGACUUUUAAACAUAUUAGUGACUUGACUUUAUGUUAUCAUGCUAUUUUUUAAAUUAAUAAAGUUAUCUUGUUUGU